AUGGAUGAAGAUAUGAUGCCCUGUUCUGAGGCUAUUGAAAAAAUAAGAAUGUGAAACGUGGUUCGAUUCUUACGUAAAAUGUGCGUGAUGAACCUAGCAAAACGUUACAAACUGGUUGACUAACAGCAGCACAUAGUUGGAUUUAUGAAGGGCGUUAAUACUCAACCGUCGGCCGAUGGCGGAAUACUGAUAAGCGCUCUUGUCGAUUACUAUUCAGAAUUACGGCGUGUUUGAGGUCAAGGAUGAGAUCCACGAGUAUAUAUAGUCUUCCAAAACAAAUGGUUCGAGUAUCAGUUCGUCAACAGCCGAAACAUGAAGUUGUUCAUCGUUCUCUGCCUCGUAGCCGCAGCAGUCGCCGAAGCCCCCAACGACCAGAGGAGCUUCUACUUCGUCGUCUCUCCCAAGCCGACCGAGAUGAGCGAUUUGGCCAAAGUGACCGAGGAAGUGAUGGCGCGGCUUAAGGCCCAGCAGGGAUCGGAUUCCGGUGAAUAUCACGUCUACCUUCCUGAUGGAAGGCUCCAGAAAGUGCAGUACACGACGGCUCCCCUCAAACAGGCAGACGAACAACAAGCGAAACCAUUCGCCCCUGCACCACUCCCAGCCAAACUUCAAGCUUUCCAACCGACUUACUUCGUGAAACAAGUCGCACCUAUGACCGAAGCGUAUAAAAUGGAAGAGAAGCCGACCAACUUUGUCGCCAGUGUGAAGUACACCGACGUCAAACCCCUUUCAGGACCCGUGUACGCUUACAACCCCGAACCACUCGUUCGCCUCGUCCGCUACGCUCCCGUCUACCAAUAAAUGUAAUUAAUUAUUUAUUCCAACAAGAGUGAAAUAAAAGACAUCAAAUGAAA